AUGAUGCAGUUAGGUAAUGAGUUAAUGAUGCUUCAAAGGGCUGUGAUCUUGGAUGAACAAGGAGAUAAGAUCACCAAGCCAAAGGCACGUUGGACAACCGAUGAGAAAAAUCUAUCUAAGUAUAAUGCAAGGGCUCUUAACGCCAUCUUUGGUGCUAUUGAUGAUGACGACUUUAAGCUUGUUCAAGGUUGUGAAUCAGCUAAAAAAGCUUGGGAUAUUCUGCAGAAGUCUCAUGAAGGGAAUUCGAGUGUUAAAAGAACAAGAUUGGAUCAGCUUGCUUCUCAAUUUGAAGUUCUAAGGAUGGAUCCAGAAGAGACAAUCUCUCAAUUCAGUGCUAAAAUGAGUUCUAUUGCCAAUGAAGCUAAGAAUCUUGGUAAAACAUACAAGAAUACCAAGUUGGUUAAAAAAUUAAUUAGGUGUCUGCCAUCUAAGUAUGCAGCACACAAAGCUGUCAUGAGAGUCUCUGGAAACACUGAUACUUUGAAAUUUGAAGAUCUAGUUGGUAUGUUGAAGUCAAAAGAGAUGGAGGUUGCUGAAGAACAGAGAAUUCAUGACAAAGGGAUUGCAUUCAAGGUAGAUGACACAAACGACCAGCUGAAAGAAAUUAAAGAUAACAUGUCCUUGAUGGCAAGAAAUUUUGGAAAAGCUCUCAAGCGUGUUGAAAAAGGACAGGGACGAGAAUUAGCUUGCUGGAAUCGAAGUGCUACAGAGAGGUCUUGUUCUAUGCCAAAUGUAUCUGAGAAAGAAAAAGCUAAUCGGAGAAAAGAGAUUCAAUGUCUUGAAUGUGGUGGUUUUGGUCGUUACAAACUUGAGUGUCCAAUGGUUAAGCGCAAGGAGAUGAAGUGCUUUGAAUGUAAAGGGAUUGGACAUUUAAAAUCUGAAUGUCCAAACAUGGUGAAAGGAAAUAAUAAGGCAUAUGUUAGCUUUAGUGAUUCAGAAUCAGAGAGUGAUGGGGAUGAAAAAGAAGGACGAAUGUUGAAUCUUUUUGCAUACAGUGCUAAAAGUGAUGAUAUAGCUGAUGAAAGCUCAGAUGAUGAUGAUGAAGAAUCAAUUACAAAAGAGAGCUAUUGUGUACUCUAUGACAAUUGGGUUCAACUAUGUAAUGAAAAAUUGCUACUUAUCAAAGAAAAAUUGCAGUUGGAAGCCUAG